AUGUAUCCUUUUGUAUCUAACCACCCCAACACGCACACCAGUUACUCCACGAUGCCUGGCUUCUCGGGGCUUGACGAUAAGUCGUGCAGCAGUAGGUAUACUGAUAGUGUUAUGAACAGCUAUCCUCCGAUGGGUGUACCAGGUAGUGCUAGUAUCGCUCAGUUUUAUCAACAAGCCGCUGCAGUUUCGGCUGCUUCCGCAGGCGUUGGCGUUGACUCGCUCGGAUCAGCCUGUUCGCAACUUUCUUCUUCCGUCGGUGGAGGCCAAUCCGGUCUUCCGGAUAUUACCCGACAUCCAUGGCUAGUGACUGCAUCGCAAUCAGCUCUACAGAAAUUCGCCAGCACAGAUUGGAUGAGCAAUCCCUUUGAUCGAGUAGUAUGCGGAGAUUUUGCAGGUCCAAAUGGAUGUCCACGCCGACGAGGCCGCCAAACAUACACGCGUUUCCAAACACUCGAGCUGGAGAAGGAAUUUCACUUCAAUCAUUAUCUUACCCGCCGACGAAGAAUCGAAAUUGCCCACGCGCUCUGCCUCACAGAACGACAGAUUAAAAUCUGGUUUCAGAACCGUCGUAUGAAACUUAAAAAGGAGCUGCGGGCGGUCAAGGAGAUCAAUGAGCAGGCGCGUCGAGAGCGUGAGGAGCAGGAUAAGAUGAAGAACGAAUCGUUAAAGUCCGCCCAACAGCACCACAGUCAAAAGCAAAGCCAACAGGAACACACGAUCGUGGGCUCACAGCAGUCGAGUAAUGGAACCGGAACUGGUGGUUCAGCUGGUGGUGGUGGUGGAGGUGGCAGCGGUGGCGGUGGAACUGGUAGUCACGGGAGCCAUCUGCACCAUCCUUCAAUCGUGUCGCAGAACGAUCUGAAGCUCGGAUUGGGCGGCAUGGGAGUUGGCGUCGGAGGGAAUCUCAGUAUGAUGGGAGGUCUGGAUAAUAAAACGAAUCAAGACAUCCUGAAAGCACGCAAACUUGAGUACUAAAACAGAACCAAGCAUAUAAAUAAUGAUACAAACCAUCGACUUUUGUCACUACUUCGGUUCACAUACAUAUUAUAAACGGUGGUAUUAAACGGAACGAGCCAAACAGGAUUUGGGAAAGGAGCAAUUCAAGUGACAUUUCAUCAACAAUGAUCAUCGCAGAAUGUCAACCACGACUGAGAGUAAUGGCGUGUGGAGAGGAAACAACUGAUUCGCACAUCCUUUUCAAUGCAUCUUCAACAAGAGCCCAGCUAUACAAGAAUAUACAACUAGAAGGCAAGCAUACAUGUAGAACAGAGCAGCAAAUUGUCAAGCAAAAUGAAAUCCAGUAAGUAAUUUGCAUCAAUUUGUAAAUUGAGCGAUAGGUGCGUGGUAAUUGUCACUAUGUGUUUCGAAACCAGAAAAUGCAUUGUUAAUUCAUUGAAUUCACAAUGGUUAAAUAGAACAACAACACC